CAGCAGCAUGAGGAGGCGGUACGGGGGCCCAUGGCAGAUUACGGGCCUGGCAGCAGCAUGAGGAGUCGGUACGGGGGCCCAUGGCAGAUUACGGGCCUGGCAGCAGCAUGAGGAGUCGGUACGGGGGCCCAUGGCAGAUUACGGGCCUGGCAGCAGCAUGAGGAGGCGGUACAGGGGCCCACAGGCCUAUGUUAAAAAGUCCCCCCAGCAGCAGUGUGGGGAGACGACUAUCAAGAGUCCAAUGGCAGAGUGGCGGAGCAGAAGCAGCUUCAAUUGAAGGCCAAUAGUGG